UUGCGUUUCUGACGUACGUUUGCGAGUUCAAGUGGACUACGUUUUCGGGUGCGUGGAUUUUGGUUUCCGGUUUGACGAUUCACCUCGAUUUUCAAGGGGUCUCGGUACUUACACAACGUUGGUUUCGGUUUACGCUUGGACACGAGUUUCAAGUCGAGGGGGCGACACGUUUCCGAGUUUCAAGCGCCGAGCGGGUUUCGUCUCUGAACUUCGUCGUUUGGGGACGAUUUUACGGGUUUUCGGCACCGACGCCGA